ACUCGUGCUCACACUCAGUUCAUUCGGGCGGAGCCCCGCUAUAUAUUCCAGCCUUGCUUGCUGACCAUCUCGUGCGCAGGACAUUCUUUCUUCUUCAGGUGACGCUUUGCCUUUAUCACGACAGUCACAAUGCCGUCUGAUCUGGAGGGAGCAAUGGAGACACUGAUCAUGGUGUUUCACCGUUACGCGGGUACAGAGGGUAACAGUGCAACCCUGAGCCGCAAAGAGCUCAAACAGCUGAUGGAGAUGGAGCUGUCUAGCUUUCUCAAGUCUCAGAAGGACCCUGCAGCUAUAGACAAGAUUAUGAAGGAUCUGGAUACUAAUGGGGAUGGAGAGGUGAAUUUUGAGGAGUUUGUGUCUCUUGUGGUGGGCUUGUCCAUUGCCUGCGAGCAGAUCUACCAGAAGCAGAAGCAGACAGCGGGUCAAAAAAAGCCAUGAACGAAAAACUUGAGGGGAAAAAGAAUGUCAGUUGGAAGUAAUUACUGCGACUGUGGAAAGUUACAGUGUAUUUGUGUUUCCACGGAGUAUGUUUUGACAGAUAAAAGAGCAUUUUUUUAAGUGAUGAUCACAUUUAUUUUAAGAUUCAUAAGAAUUUACAUAAAAGGUAUUAUCCAUAGCCCUGUUAUUCUCACCACGAAAAUAAAAACUCAAUAAAUGUAUUUCUUUGCCUCCAUGGUGUCUGUUCAGGGGCUGGUAUAUAGACACGUUCUUGGAUUCUAGUGUUAGAAUGUGUAUGUAAUGUGCCCCUGUGCCCAUGCAGGACUUCAGCCAGCUCUGCAUGAUUCUUUUUUCAAGCAAUGUCACAAGUCCUCUGAAAAACUCUCCUUGAGAUAGACUUUAUCAAAAGGGAAUGAAAAAUGUCCUCUGUAAUUCAAGAUGCAUUCAUCACAUUUGCCAGGAAUGGAAUACACAUAUUUUGUUUUCAAAACAAAACAUCUAUGCACUUUAUUUGUCAUGGAAUUGAAGAUGAAUUCUGUGCUAAAUCAUUAAACACCAUUCUCAGUC